AUGAGCUUCAACGCAUCGGAGAGCGACUUCCAGGGGAGCGAGACGGAGCUAUUUGCCAUUCCGCUCUCGGUGACUGUCUUCGUCUGGCAUCUUCUGAUUGUCUUGGUCGGCGUCCCCGGCAAUGUCCUGAUCAUUGUCGUCUUUUGGGCCAAGCCCCGGCGGACCAGCACCGCUGUGUUCAUCAUGGCGCUUGCUGCGGCGGACCUGUUCGCCUGCCUCGCGCGCUUCUGCGAGGUGGUGUAUCAGGGGGUUGAGCUAUCAGGCAGCACACCGCCCCUCGACCUGUACAGAGCCAUCACUGUGGUCAACAAUCUUUCCCUGACCGAUGCAGCCUUGAUGACGGCUUUAAUCGCGCUUGAUCGCCACGACUGUGUUUGCCGCUACCGCAAUCGGCUCCUUAGCCACCGCCGGGCCCGUGGAGCUGUCGCCUUCGUCUGUUUCCUUUCAGUAUUUUCAAACAUUCCACUGUUCGUCUAUAUCUCCGGAAAUGCCGGCUGGUCUGUGGUAGUGUUUGUAAAACAGGUCUUAUUUUACUCCAUGGACGUCUUGGUAGUUUUUGUCUGUUAUGGGAUGGUGUACACGGCGAUUCACAAUCACGUCCGGGUUGGUAUAGCUAAUCGGCUCAGCAGGGCCGAACACAGCGCGUCAAGUUUGAGUGAAACUCCAGCGUCUGACCGUCGGAUCGUGGUUCAACCUGAUAUUGCAUCCAUCAAGGCCAAGCAGCCUCCUGCGAUCCCUUAUGUAGAGACGCCAUGUUGCAGUUUAAACACCAGCGCUCUUGCCCUGGGUUCAGGACAUGUUUCACUCGAUCGCCAAACUUUUGGUCCUCGAAUCACCCCUCUGGCAAGAUACCUAGAGGUCUCCACUACUGAGAGGCAGGACACCACUUUGGGACUGGAACAAUCGGAAAGUAUAGGGGGCUCACGGCGACGGUCGCUCUCCAAUGCGCGAGCGAUACGGUCCUCCGUCCGCGGCGGCCCGCCGGUCGCACUGCAACGCAAGACUACGCGGAUGCUCUUCUUGACAUCUCUGAUUUUCCUGCUGACCUAUAUCCCGUACUGGGUCUUCGUCGGCAUGACUCUCACUGGUAGACCCCGAGAUGCCGCGUAUCAGAUCAUGGCCAAUGUGCUCCACCUGUUGUUCCUGAACAAUGCCGUCAAUCCGCUGAUCUACGGGAUGGCCAACCGGCGAUUUCGCACAGACGUCCGGGAUGUGCUGCGGAAGAUGUGUGGUCGAAAACCCACUCCGCCAUAA